CCGCAACAUCGAGCCUCCGCCACUCAAUUAUGCUCAUAUCCAUGCCAAACACAUUCUGCGCUUCAGCAGCCUUUGAACCAGGUAUCUUUGCCUUAACAUCAGCAACGCAGAAGGCGAGAUUUUUAAUACCCAUGUCAAUGCUUAGAAUUCUGGUACUCUCCCUAGCUUUGAAGGCUGAUGGGAAGCGAGAACUCUUGAGAUUUUGUUCCAGGCGAGAGAGCAAAACGUCCUUUCGCCCAGUAGUUGCGGAGCCAAUUUGGGUGAGAAGGAAUUGCAGAGCUUUGACAUUGAGAGUUGCGGACUUUGGUAUCAUUUUGAACUCCGAGACCAAUGGAGUUUAUGUAAGAAUCUUAGAAGUCGAAAAGCGUAGGUAUGGGAAAAGAGGCGAUAGUCUUGAUCAUGGCGAAAAUUCGAGUGGCGUUUCCCACCUCAUCAUCGCUGGCAUGGGGAAUGAUGGAUGAUGGACAAUCGAGGUCGCGUCUCGAUCUUCUGUCUGAGCGCGCCCACGUGAUGCAAUCUCAGCCAAUCAGAAGCAUUAACGCUAAGUAUGGAUACCUUACAGGCAACAGAGUAACACAAACUAUAGGUAUUUUGAUUUUGAAGAGAUAUGGAAUCGAUGCAUGCAUCAAAUAUUGCUCUUAUAGGUAUAUAUUAUCUAUACCCUAUGGCUACAUGAAGCUAUUAGGCAUCCUUUGGCAACUUCUACUCGUAACACCUCAGAAUGAAGGCAUAGAAGUCAUGCAAUCGUUUCAAUGCAAAAAUCACCAAGUACUAGUCACAUGCGCCUUGGGUCUCAACGGUGCUCGCUUUCUCGUCGGAACACCUACGAUUGCAGAGAAAAUCGACCUCAUUGAAAUUCACUAG